AUGGAGAGCAGGGGCUUCGGAACGAGGAAAGGGACAGGGUCCUUCAAACGUGCCUCCAUCAAGAGAACCGUUUCCGGGUCGCAGAAGGCCCAGAAAGCCUGGAUAGAGAAGACCUUUCAGAAAAGAGAAUGCAUUCAGAUAAUACCCAGCAAAGAACCAAACAAGUGCUGUUGUGGGCAGAUAGUGACCCAGCACCCUGCCAUACCCUCGAUUGCCACCACAAAGGGAGCGGAGGACGGGGCCCAGAUCGUGCCAGUGGAGCCCUCACAGGAGAGAUGGUCGGUCCUCAAGCACACCAGGGCCUCACCAACCGACGCCUAUGGCAUCAUCGAGUUUGGGGGCGGAGGCCACGUCAACAAAGCCAUGUACAUCAGGGUGACGUACGACUCCAAGCCGGACAGCCUGCUGCACCUGAUGGUGAAGGAGUGGCAGCUGGAGUUGCCCACGCUGCUCAUCUCCGUGCACGGCGGCUUGCAGAACUUCGACCUGCAGCCCAAGCUCAAGCAGGUGUUUGGGAAGGGCCUGAUCAAGGCCGCCGUCACCACGGGGGCCUGGAUCUUCACCUGCGGAGUCAGUAACGGGGUUGUCCGUCAUGUUGGAGAUGCCUUGAAAGACCACUCCUCUAAGUCCCGAGGGAAGGUCUGUGCCAUAGGGAUUGCACCUUGGGGAAUCGUGGAAAAUAAAGAGGACCUCAUUGGCAGAGAUGUAACAAAGCCCUACCAGACCAUGUCCAACCCCCUGAGCAAGCUGUCCGUGUUGAACAGCAGUCAUUCCCACUUCAUCCUGUCGGACAACGGGACCUGCGGGAAGUACGGCCCCGAGGUCAAACUGCGCCGGCAGCUGGAGAAACACAUCUCCCUGCAGAAGAUAAACACCCGCCUGGGUCAGGGGGUCCCAGUGGUGUGUCUGAUUGUGGAGGGGGGCCCCAAUGUGAUCUCCAUCGUGCUGGAGAGCCUUCGGGAGGAACCUCCGGUCCCCGUGGUGGUCUGCGAUGGGAGCGGCCGUGCCUCUGACAUAGUUUCCUUUGCGCACAAAUACUCAGAGGAAGGCGGGCUGGUGGCAGAAAGUGUGAAAGAUCAGCUCCUGGUCACCAUUCAGAAGACGUUCAACUACAGCCGCAACCAGGCCCAGCAGGUCUUCCUCAUGGUCAUGGAAUGCAUGAAGAAAAGGGAACUUAUAACAGUGUUUCGCAUGGGCUCUGAAGGACAGCAGGACAUUGAGAUGGCCAUCCUUACUGCUCUGCUGAAAGGCACCAACGCCUCAGCACCUGACCAGCUGAGCCUGGCCCUGGCCUGGAACAGGGUGGACAUCGCCCGCAGCCAGAUCUUUGUCUAUGGGCUCCACUUGCCCCCUGCAGGUGCCCUCUCCACCACCAUUUCCACCGAGAAGAAGCCGAAAAGCCCGACCAACGCUUCCAGGAACAAGGGCAAGGGCCGAGGCAAGAAGGGCAGGGGAGCCAAAGCCAAGCCCGAACCACCAGAGGAGACAGACCCCAGGAAGCUGGAGCUAAUGAACUGGGUCAACUCCUUGGAGCAGGCCAUGAUGGACGCUCUGGUGCUGGACAGGGUGGACUUUGUGAAGCUGCUGAUUGAAAACGGAGUGAACAUCCACCAUUUCCUCACCAUCCCCCGACUCGAGGAGCUGUACAACACGAGACUAGGGCCAACUAACACCUUACAUUUCGUAGUCAGAGACGUCAAGAAGGGCAACCUCCCUCCUGAUUAUCAAAUCACCCUGAUCGACAUCGGGCUGGUGCUGGAGUUCCUCAUGGGCGGGGCGUAUCGCUGUAAAUACACAAGGAAGAGCUUCCGCUCGCUUUACAACUACCUGUAUGGCUUGAAACGGCCAAAAGCUCUCAAACUCUUAGGAAUGGAGGACGAUGAGCCGCGGCCAAAGGGCAAGAAGAAGAUGAAGAAGAAGAAGGAGGAGGAGAUUGACGUGGAUGUAGAUGACCCCGAGGUCAGCCGGUUCCAGUACCCCUUCCACGAGCUGAUGGUGUGGGCGGUGCUGAUGAAGCGGCAGAAGAUGGCGCUCUUCCUGUGGCAGAGGGGGGAGGAGGCCAUGGCUAAGGCCCUGGUGGCCUGCAAGCUGUACAAGGCCAUGGCCCACGAGUCCUCCCAGAGUGAGCUGGUGGACGACAUCUCCCAGGAUCUGGACAACAACUCUAAGGAGUUUGGGCAGCUGGCCUAUGAGUUACUGGACCAGUCCUACAAGCACGACGAGCAGGUGGCCAUGAAGCUGCUGACCUACGAGCUGAUCAACUGGAGCAACUCCACCUGCUUAAAGCUGGCCGUGGCCGCCAAGCACCGCGACUUCAUCGCCCACACCUGCAGCCAGAUGCUGCUCACAGACAUGUGGAUGGGCUGCCUGAGAGUGGGCAAGAGCCCGGGCCUCAAGGUGAUAGUCGGCAUCAUUUUUCCACCCUCGAUUCUACUCUUGGAUUUUCGCAUCGGAGAGGAAAUGUCUUACCACGGUUCUGGUGAAAACGAGGCGGGAAAAGAAAAGGAAGAUGACAGCAAAUCCAACAAGGAUGGUGCUGCUGACACUGUGUCCAAGAAAGGUGAUGAAGAGGAAGGCAGCAAUGUGAGGAAAAUUCCUAUCGGGAAGAAGAUUUAUGAAUUCUAUAACGCGCCAUUCACCAAGUUCUGGUUCAACACUAUUUCAUACCUCAUGUACCUGAUGCUGUACAACUAUAUCAUUCUGGUCAAGAUGGAGCGCUGGCCCUCCCUACAGGAGUGGACAGUCAUCUCCUACAUCUUCACCCUGGGGCUGGAGAAAGUCAGACAGAUCCUGAUGUCGGAGCCCGGGAAGCUGAAGCAGAAGAUAAACGUGUGGCUGCAGGAGUACUGGAACCUGACGGACCUGGUGGCCAUCUCCACCUUCAUGCUGGGCUUCCUGCUGCGUGUGCAGAGCGAGCCCUACAUGGGCUACGGCCGCGUCAUCUACUGCGUCGACAUCAUCUUCUGGUACAUCCGCGUGCUCGACAUCUUCGGCGUCAACAAGUACCUGGGCCCCUACGUCAUGAUGAUCGGGAAAAUGAUGAUCGACAUGCUGUACUUUGUGGUGAUCAUGCUGGUGGUGCUGAUGAGCUUCGGCGUGGCCCGGCAGGCCAUUCUACACCCAGACGAAGAGCCAACAUGGCGGCUGGCGAGGAACAUCUUCUACAUGCCCUACUGGAUGAUCUAUGGAGAGGUGUUUGCGGAUUCCAUAGACCGUAAGACUAGAAUUCAUAUCUACGCAAUGGAGAUCAACCCUCCGUGCGGGGAUAAUUUGUAUGAUGAAGACGGGAAGAAGCUGCCUCCCUGCAUUCCCGGGGCGUGGCUCACCCCUGCCAUCAUGGCCUGCUACUUACUGGUCGCAAACAUCCUUCUAGUAAACUUACUCAUCGCCGUGUUCAACAACACCUUCUUCGAAGUCAAAUCCAUCUCCAACCAAGUGUGGAAGUUCCAGCGAUAUCAGCUCAUCAUGACGUUCCACGACCGGCCGGUCCUCCCGCCACCGUUCAUCAUUUUCAGCCACAUGUACAUCCUUUUCAAACGCAUGUGGUGGCGCUGCAAAAAACGCGAUGGCGACCCAGACGAGCGCGAUCGCGGAUUGAAGCUCAGAUUGACUGGAGAGGAGCUAAAGAGUUUGUAUGAGUUUGAAGAGCAGUGCUUGGAGGAAUAUUUUCGCGAAAAGGAAGAUGAGCAGCAGUCCUCCAAUGAUGAACGUAUUCGGGUCACAUCUGAAAGGGUGGAGAAUAUGGCAAUGCGUCUGGAGGAGGUGAACGAGAGGGAACACUCCAUGAAGGCGUCCCUGCAGACUGUGGACUUGCGGCUGAUGCAGCUGGAGGAGUUCUCCGGGCGAAUGAUGAACGCCCUGGAGAAGCUGGCGGGGGUGGACAAGUCAGACCUGUGCCGGACACGCUCGGGGGCCUCAACUUGCGAAAACGCCCUGCAGCGGCACAGCAGCAUCAACAGCGCCGACGGCUACAGCCUCUACCGCUACCACCUGGACCUGGAUGACCGGGCGGCCGACGAGGACGACAAGAAGAGCCAGCUGGGCACGGAGCAGCAGAGCUCGGUGCGCAAGAGAAGCUUCCGCCGCGCACCCAGCGAGUACGGGCAGACCUUGGACGUGGUCGGCCCGGGAGAAAGGAGAGCCCCGCCCAGCUCGUGUGUGGACAUCCUGAUCUCCCCCUGCGACCAGGACACGGCCAAGGAUGAGGAACUGCCGAGCGAGCAGGCGCCGAAAACGGACGAGCCGAGCGCACAGGCGGCAAAACCGGACGAAGCCGUCGCUCCGGACAGCCAGGACGCGCUCGACACCGUACUCGCGGCCCGGGGCGGGGCCUUGGAAAAGGCCAAGCUGGACGCGGCCGUCUCGUUCCCACUGGAGAAGUCGGAGGCUCUGAGGUACUAUCCCUCCGAGACCGCUGGCACAGACCUGUCUUCGGCGAGCGUUGCGGCCAAGAGCACCAUCGUCUUCACGCCGGCCGCGGGCACGGACGAGGGCAGUUGGGCCAAAGACUACAGUGCCCUCAUGGAGCAUGCAGCCAGGGCCCCAGCAGCGGGCCAGUGGACAUGUUUAGAAUACAAAGUCCACCCCGCCCUGUUCGGCCACCCGCCAAAAGUGUCCAUGGUGAGGCCUCCAGAAGAGCCUCCCACCGCGAGCGAGGCUGAGGAGCCAGCAGGGCCGGACACGGAGGAAGAUACCGAACAGAGGAGAGACGGUAAAGACCAGGCCAGGGAGAACAGCCUGCUCGUCCCGGAGGGCCGAGGUAGCUUCCACCAGGGACGAACAGGAAGGGAAGAAAGGGUGAGCGCCACAGCAGAGAGUCGAGGGAGAACAAUGAGCGAAGACAAAGGCAAAGUCAUAUGGAGGAUAGACACCGACCACCUGUUUGUGGCUGACGACAGGAUCUUCCCGUCUACCAGGUCUAAGAGUUUGAACGCCAAUCCCCGCAAGACCAAAGCGCAGGGGGACAACGUGGACAGGCCUAGAGCCAGACGGAGUUUCGAGGACAUCGUGGCCGCGUGCCAGACCUCGACAAAUCAGCUCGAGGCCACGAAAAAGGAGAUUCCCGAGAUAAAGACCACAGAUGAAACAGACUGCUAACUCUGUGGGUGGCUGAGAGUGAAGCCCUGCGUCUCCACUGUACAUUGAAAGAGAGAUUGUCCUCCAGAAAUAUCAGUGGUGUUCCUCAUAAUAUGCAUCUCAAAGAGGACAUGAAAACAUUUUUCAUAUAUGAUCUGUAGUUCAAAGUUCCAAAAUGUCACCCCCUCCAAGACAAGCAACGCUCUCCAAGAUGUAAGAUUGUUCACGCACGCCGAUGAACAUCUGGGCCACAAGCAAAACUCAAGACACGAAAAUGUGUAUUUGGGCUGCCUGGUGAAGUGGAGGGGGAGGGAAGUAUGGGAUAUUGAAAAUAGAAAAUUGUUACAUCUAAUGUUCAAAAUAGUUCAGUAUGUGUUAAACAACCCAAGGACAGAUUUUUUCAACAUGAGCAGUCUGUUAACUUAUAGCCUUUCUAACCGUGUCCACUUACGAUGGAGACCACUGGAAAAGCAAUGUCAAAAGCAGAUACACUUUUAAAGAGUUUGCAUAGCACAACUGUCAACCAAAUGGUGGGUAAAAAGGGAAAGUAUU